AUGGGGAACGCGGAGAGCGGUGGUGGUGGAGGCAGCUGCAACGACGAAGACAUCGGAACAGAGAGCCCCGUGUUGGCGGAAGGCAGUCCGGCCUCUGCGGCCACUGCUGUCGGAGCCACCGGUACCGGGAGGGGCGGAAGACGAGUACCGAAAAAUGUCUCCGUGCCCACCGGUGGGCCGCCGAGCCCCGCCGUCUUCUUCGAACAAGUAAAACUAAGAGAAGCGGCGGCUCGUAUUAGCGACUCUGGAGUCGUCAUCCGGGAGUCGGUGCUGGCAGGGAACGAGGGAGUUCUGGUCCGCUGGCUGGAAGAGCGGUUAAACCGAGGAGAAGAAUCCGUCAAUGUUGAACAGUUUUGUGAGAUGUUGGAGAGUAGAGAUGCCCCCAGAGAUGAAUGCGAAGAGGCCUUUGGACAGUUUGAUGCUGAGGGGGAUGGGGUGGUAGAUGUCGAGAGCAUGCUGCUUACUCUGAAGAACUCCAAUGGAGCUAAUCUACGGGGAGAGUUGAGUCAUGUGAUAAGGCAGCUACAGGCGUGCUCCCUAACCCCAGGUUUUGUUGACAUCUUCUCCAAGACCAAAGACCGGUUGGGGGCACAUGCCUUCAAGAUCCUGAAAUUUUUGCACAGGAAUCACAUUCCCAGCAGCGCUAUUCCUUAUCCUAUUUUAGACGGCUACAACAGUAUCUGCACAAUGAGGUCGAGUGUGGUCCAGGACUUCCUGGAGGUCCUCUUGCAACGUGAAAAAGAUCUGGAUAUACAGUACAGAGCGGAACUGGACCGUGACCCAGAUGUGGACAAGGUGAAGGUGGUCACACAGUGCUACAGCACGAUCGAAGCUUCAUCUAACGUCGCUGAUGUUUACAAGAUGACAAACGGAGAAACGGCAUCUUUCUGGCAGUCUGACGGCAGUGCUCGCUCACACUGGAUAAGAUUGAAACUGAAACCAGACGUGGUUUUGAGGCGUCUGGCCGUUGCCGUCGCAGCCAAUGACCACAGUUACAUGCCUCAGCUGAUAUCAGUAAUGGUGGGCAAAAAUCUCCAUUCCUUGGACAAAAUCAGAGACAUCCGCAUCCCCAGCAAUGUGACAGGAUACGUUGCACUCUUGGAGAAUGCCAACAUUACACACCCAUACAUCCAAAUUAACAUCAAGCGGUGCUUGAGCGAUGGCUGUGACACACGGAUUCAUGGUUUGAAGACCCUGGGCUAUCAGAUUACCAAGAACAAAGAGGUGUCUGUCUCGGAUGCUUCAGCCAUCUGGUACCUGUCUCUCCUCACCUCUUUGGUCACUGCUUCAAUGGAGACCAACCCUGCACUGGCUCAGACUGUACUUCAGAGCACUCAGAAGGCAUUACAACACAUGCCACCAUUGUCCCUUACGCCGUCAUCUACCAAGUUCCCCAAGUUCUUCUCCUUGAACAUCCUAGAGGAGGUGGAUGCAUUUCUCCUCAGGAUAGCAGAUUGCUGUGUGAGUCCUGAUGCAGAGCUGACCCUCCUCGCCUUUGCCCUGGCCAGAGGCAGUGUGGCCAAAAUCCUCCAAGCCCUUUCCUGCAUCAGCGACCACUUAACGACAGAAUACAAGGCCUCCUCCCUCAUCUCGUCAAUGGCCGCAGUUCGCCUGCAACUACUUUAUCAAAAUGGGAAGCCCCUCCAGCUGCACUUGCAGGCAUGUGAUGCGAAGAGUAAAGAGGAGAAAUCAGGACCAGAGAAUAUGCUGACAGAAUCCUCUACUGGGGAUGGUUUUCUCACUGAAAGUGGCAAGAGGAAAGCCACUGUGAUCCUGUCAACCGAGGACCAGAGCAACUUUCAAGUCACUCAGAUGAAAAUCAAUGUGCGAAAAGGUGCCAUUGGGGCGAAAUGUGGCUUGGUGUUUGCCUACAAAGACGAAGAACCGUUUGAUGCCGCAAAACAUUUCAAGAGGUUCAAAAAGUAUGAUACGUGGGACUACAAAGACUACAAGGAGUUUGUGCAAGACAAUGUGAGGAUUCCAGCACUGACUGAGGAUGAGCCGAUUGGCUGGUUUGAGGUGGAAGAGGACUGGAAUGAUGUGGAGAUCAAGCUGCAGCAGUGUCGUGUUGCAAAGUUUCUGAUGGUCAAGUUCCUGUGCACCAGGCAGGACUCCGCUGAGCGUCUUGGGGUGCAGUCCCUGAGCUUCAGUGGAUACUCGUGCGGUGAGACAGAGAAGCUUGCAGAUCUUGACGAGCUUAGUUCUCCAGGCGAGCACUGCAAAAACGAGGCUGUCACCGGCCUUUGCCUUCUGAACAAGACUUUGUUCUUCAUUCAACAGCUCACACAAAAUAUGGAUUCCUCUCACCUAAAACUAAAGUACCUUCUGGACUUCACUGGGCUUAACGUGGACCUCUUCUGGAGUUUCUACACAAAACUUAUGUUGAUUGAGGGAGAAGAGGUGUUGAAAAGCAGAAUUCACCUCCUCCAGUUGCUACAGAACUGCUUCUCCACGCUGCCCAAUCCAUUACACUCUCAAGGCCCAGAGAUGAGCAGCACAACCGUUGACCGAGCCCGAGAUAGGCCAUCCACAUCCAGCAGUGCAGAGCUUGAUUCCGUCAGGGCUGUCGAGCAGCUUUACUCUCAUCUCUGCCACAUCGUGAAUGAGCCAGAGGGGGCGACAUUUGUUGAAAAUGCCUUGCACAAAGAGGCCGUGAAGGCCAUUCUUAAUGGUGCAGCUGUUUUCUUCCCUGAUAAACACGUUCGGCGGGACAAACUGUUCCACCUGAUGAAAAAUAUCACAGAAGAUCAGUUGCCAUCUGUAAAAGUUACUUUUGAGUCACUGUGUAACUACUUCAGUGAUCUGGAUCCAAGUGGCCUUCUCCUGCUCCCACCGAAAGGGGCCCCUUCUGACUUUGACAUCAGCCCAAUUUUAACAGUGAUGGAGACACUUCUGCUGGUGGCAACACAAGAGUGUGAAGUUAUGAUGUCAGAGGGCAAUGGUGGACCCAGUCGGCAGACAGUGUUGUUGUCCUUGUUUUGGGCUCUUCAAGGGAGCCUCCUGUCUUGGUGCUACCUCCAGCUUAAAGGACCCACCUCUUCUGCUGUUACCAUGGAACUGGCCAGAGUCAUCUUAUUAAAAUAUGUAGAACAAUUCUUGGGAAGUAUCAGAAGUGUCCUAGGUUCCCUGCUGGAUAAGUACACCGGCACUGAGAUUACGGACAAACUAGGCAAAUCUAUCAUUGCCACAGUCUUCAGACAACUGCUUAUUUUCCUCCUGGAACUUUCUUCUUUGGACAUUCCUCACUGUGUGCUGCUCAAGAGCUUCUCUUCUCUGAUUGAGCUGCUCAGAAAUCUGUCUAGUGGUACAACAGACAUUUUUUCAAAGGCAAACCAGGAGAGCUGGCACCAACCCCAACAGCCAGUGGUGCUGAGGACCUGGACGAUGGAGUCCUCUCAUAACUAUGAAGAUAGCCGUCAUGAAACCAACAUCUUUGCCUGCCCCGGUGCUACAUCGUUUGAAGUAGAAUUCGAUGAACGCUGUGAAACAGAGAAGAGGUAUGACUACCUGGAAUUCACUGACUUCAGAGGUGGAAAAGUUCGCUACGACAUGAAGGUUGGAAGUGAAAAGUGGCCAAAGAAGGUAACAUUUGACACAGGCCCUCAGCUUCAGUUCCUAUUCCAUUCUGAUAGCAGCAAUAACGAGUGGGGUUACAAAUUCACUGUAACAGCCAUGGGUCUGCCUGACAUCACCAUUUCGUGGAUAUCCGACCUGCAGUUGCUUGUGGCUCGACUAAUGGGGCGUCUCGCCUGCAGAACUAUGGCGCUGAAAUCACCGCACGAGAUACGCUCUGUGAAAGAGCUUCCACCCUGGAAAGUGUCCCAUGUUCAGUCGUCGCCUCUGUGGAAACCCAUUCUUCGACAUGGGUUUUGUGAGUCAAGAGACACAGAUCCGACAAAAACAAUUCAGGUUAGCAAGUAUAAUCUUGAUGAUGUUAUGAGAAUGCUGGAAGACUUUGCCAGAUGGAACCCUUCCCAGGAAUCCACAGACAGCAGAAUAGAACUGCUAAGAAACCUUGUGCAGUCCUGUAAAAAACAGGCAAUCAGGAACGAAUUAGCUACAGGGUCAACGGCAGACCAUGCUGUGAAUGCCAUUUGGGCUGUCAUGAUCUACCACACACCAGUCCUUAUCGAUGCUCUCAAGACUUAUGUCAAUCAAGAAUGCAAGUCCUGUAUAAAUGAGGACUUUGUACAAGUUUAUUCGAUGGCAGAUAGCAUCAGAACUUGGAUGUUGGAGAUGAAGCAGAGAUAUAUUGUUGGCAAAUUGAACGUUCCUGAUGAGAAAGAAGGAGGCACUGAGGAGGUUACAAUAGAGACCUUGGCUGAGAUGUGCAUUGAGAAGUGCCUCCUGCUCUUCAGAUUUUCACCUUGUGGUAUGACGUACCCCGACGGUGAUUCUUCCAAAGCUGCAGAGGGCAGCAGUGCUCUUCUUCUCUGUCCAAGUUCAGUCUUAGAAGAUGAUUUCCACGCUACUUCCUCACUCGAGCAUUCAACAACAGCAUCUACACAGGAGACUGUUGAAGCAAAACCACUUCAGAGCGAAUCCUCCAAUGUCCUCACCCCCACCUGUAUCCACUGCAAGUCAGACAAGAAAGGCUCCACAGAAAGCCUCUCUUCCUGGGGAGGCGGCAGUCCAGCCUCACCCUCGGCAUUAACCCAUAAAGCCCCAUUUAGUCGGGCACGGCUUCGCCUCCUGUCAUGCCGCUCGAUGGAAGAACCCCGCACAUCCCCCUCCAUCAAAGAUCGCUACCCAGUUCUCAAGCAUAUACUCAACUACAUAAAGGACAACGCCCUCACAACUGCAAAUGUCCUGCAGACGUUGUCGCUGAACAAAGCUCAGGCUGUUAGUGUUUGCAAAGUCCUGGAGCUCGUUCAAGAGUGUUUGCAUUCUCUGGGAAAGCCACACCUCUUUCAAGCACCUUGCAUCCUGUUCUUACAAGAAUUGUUGACAUGUCAGAAAGACUUCACCAGUUACUUCUCUCAGUUGUCAGACAGCGGGCGAGAGCUAGGGGAGCAAGUGCGACGUUCCUACCAUCAGCUGGUGCUCGUUCUGGUUGAAGCAGUGCAAGGAUUCAGUCAUCUCAAUGACAAAGCUCUUCUACCAGCCCUGUCUUGCGUGCAAACUUGCUUGCUGCACCUUCUAGACUUGAAUUGGGAUGUGCACGACAUUCCCCUCUUCCUGAACGUCAAGCUUCCUGAACUCUUACUCGGCAUGUCCCAGGAGAACAUUAGUGUUCAUGACAUUGCUAUCAGCCAGUGGACAGAGGAGGAUGAAAUUGCAGACUACAAGAAGAACCAAGAGUGGAUGGAUGAGUGCAUGGAUGGAAUGUUUGAGAAGUGGUACGACAAAAUUGAUGAAGGGGACUCUGUGGAGGACAGCCGAAAGAUGCACAUGUUCAUUGCACGUUAUUGUGACCUGCUCAAUGUCGUGAUUUCCUGUGAUGGCUGUGAAAGGAUGGCACCGUGGCACCGCUACCGAUGUCUGCAGUGCAUGGAUAUGGACCUCUGCAAGACAUGCUUCCUCAGUGGUGCCAAGCCUGAAGGCCAUGAGGAUGACCAUGAGAUGGUAAACAUGGAGUAUGCCUGUGACCAUUGCCAGGGACUCAUUGUCGGCAGCAGGAUCAACUGCAAUGUGUGUGAAGACUUCGACCUGUGCUUUGGAUGUUACAAUGCAAAGAAAUAUCCUGACAGCCACCUGCCCACGCAUCGGAUCACAGUUUACCCGAUGGUGACCAUUAGAAUAAGCGAUCGGCAUCGUUUGAUUCAACCAUACGUCCACAACUACUCCUGGCUUCUGUUUGCUGCGUUGGCACUCUAUGCUUCAGAGGUGAUUAGCGAGAAGCAAAUAGACGGUGAACCCUUGGACAGUACCACCUUGAGCCAAGCAUCAGCCUUACAGACAUGCUGCUCCAAGCUCAUCACUGACUGUUUGCUCAAGGGGCAAACCAGCAAAGGUCUUCGCUCUUCAGCUUUGCUCAAUCUACUGUUGUCCAAUGACUCGGCCUCCGACAGUGAGCUGUGUCCAGCCUCCUCAGAGUUCUCUCAGGAGGUCAGUACUGCCACAGACACUUCAUCUCUCCCUGGGAGUACUGCAGCAGUCUGCUCCCCCUCAUCACCCAAAGACAAGAGCAAGCCAUCAAGAGAAGACCAAAAGUCGAAGGAAGUGAACUCUCCUCCCAGUGCCGCCGCUGAAAUGUUUUUACCAGUGAGCACGGCAGAGGUGGAAAAAAGAAAACUUGUCACCCAAGACACUUUGGAGUCAAUCAGCCUUAGCAAGACACCAUCCAUGUCCAGCGAGGAGCCCCUUUCGCCUGUGACACGACCUUCAGAAUCUAGUCUAGCAGCCAAUUCUCCAGCAUCAGAUAUUGUCAAGGGGACUGAUGACCGGCUUCCCAAGGUCCCCCUCCAGGAGCAUGUCUUUGCAGAGUGCUCCAGAGAGAGGAUCCUGGGACUUCUAGCAGCCAUGCUACCAUCUGUCAAACAAGAAAGCACUCUGAGUCUGCCAAGUGUCAGCUCCAUUCUGCACCAACUUUUCAGGGCAAUCAUUUCCAAUGUUGGGUCUCUUAACGAGACAUAUCACCUUACCCUGGGGCUACUGGGACAGCUACUGAUGGGAAUCCCCCCCAUUGAGGCUGAUUGUGCUGUCACAGAGGCGCUCACAGACAAGUAUGAGUUGCUGACACAUAACGAGGCAGCACUUUGUGACACUCACGGCUGGAAGACCACCCAGUUGCUCUUCAGCCUGGGAGCUGUCUGUUUAGACAGUCGUAUAGGUUUGGAUUGGGCAUGCACAGUAGCAGAUAUUUUACAUGAUCUGAACACUUGUCCCGGUUGGAGCACCGUCAUUGCUGCCUUCACUAAUCAUUGUGUUCAGCAGCUGCCGCAAACUCUGAAACGCACCAACCUCUUCACCUUGCUGGUGUUGGUGGGCUUCCCUGAGGUGCUGUGCAUUGGCACGCAGACUGUGUUCAUUGACAACGCCAAUGAACACCACACCAUGAUCUUACUCAAACAUUUCACAGAAACAAACCAGGCUGCAGUGGUGGAUAUCAAGACUCGAAAGAGAAAAACAGUCAAAGACUACCAACUCAUCCAGUCUCAGGAUUCUACAGCAUACCUUGCAAGGCAAACUGAGGGCCAGUGUCCGCCAAAAACACUGCUCAGCCGCUACCUGAACAACUUCAUUUCCAUCAUCUGCCAUCUGCUCCAGAACAGCCAGGAAAAUGGCUCUCUUGAUGCGGUGGAGGCUUCUUGGGUUCUCUCUUUAGCUCUUAAAGGACUCUACAACACGCUGAAGAAGCAUGGAGUGGAGGAAGCUCAGGAAGCCAUCCAGCAGGCAGGAUUAACUCAACUGCUUGUCAGCAAGUGCAGCAAGGGGACGGGUUUUAGCAAACUGUGGUUGUUACGAGAUCUCGAGAUUCUCUCCAUCAUGCUCUACUCCUCCAAGCGGGAAAUACAUUCCAUGGCUCAGGACCCGGAGCGGGAUCAAAGGGAGCAAGACAAGGCCCACGACUCAGACCACUCAAGCAGCAUAGAUGAUGACCCAGAUGACAACAGGCCGGAUCCACUUGACGGUCUAGAUGAGGAGACUAAAAUUUGCUUUCAGAUCACCCCUGAUGCCUUGAAUGCUCCUCUGCCCAUCGUACGACCCAUGUAUGAGUUACAGAUGAAAAAAACAGACUUCUUUGUGGAGGUGCAGAAGAGAUUUGACGGAGAGGAAAUAAAAAACGAUGACACAGUCCGGACUUUAGCGCAGAAAUGGCCACCACCCAGACGGCCUCACUCGGAGGACAGGAACACGAAGGCUGUCGACACCGAUAUGAUUGUGGCAUCUUGUAUUUCUAUGCCAGGUCAAUGUGAAAAAGCCACCGAAGAGAUUAACGUGGUGACACAGAGACUCAUCACCAACUCUGAGAGCGACUUGCAGAUCAGUUACGCCAAGCAACGGCGUACGAAAAGCUCAGCGCUGUUGCACAAGGAACUGGAUGUUCGCAGCAACAGGGCAGUUCGUCAGUACCUUGUAAAGGUUAACCAUGCCAUUUCCACACUGUACGCUCGCCACGUGCUUGCCACCCUUCUGGCCGAUUGGCCAGUCGAGGCGGCCUUGAGCGAGGAGGCCCUGGAACUGAACGGCACAUCUCACAUGGCUUACAUCCUGGACAUGUUAAUGCAGCUGGAGGAGCGGCUACUGUGGGAGAAGAUUCUCCAAAGGGUAUUGAAGGGCUGCAGCCAGAGUAUGCUGUGCAGUCUUUCCCUCACUGCUUGUCAGUUUAUGGAAGAGCCCGGAAUGGCAGUGCAAGUCAGAGAAUCCAAGCACCCAUAUGACAACAACACCAACUUCGAGGAUAAGGUGCACGUCCCAGGAGCCAUUUACUUGUCUGUAAAAUUUGACUCCCGCUGCCACACAGAGGAAGGUUGUGAUGAAUUCAUUAUGUCCAGCAGCAGUGACUUCCUUCAGGAUGUCCACAUUUUUAGUGGCUCUCCUCAGAAAUGGUCUGAUUUUGAAAUUCCAGGUGAUACUUUGUAUUACAAGUUUAUGUCAGACAUGAGCAACACAGAGUGGGGCUACAAGUUUACAAUUACAGGAGGCCACAGGGGUCGCUUCCAGACAGGUUUUGAGAUCCUGAAGCAAAUGUUGGCUGAUGAACAAGUGCUCAGUCAACUGCCAUUGACAGACAUCUGGGAGUGGCAAGUGGGUGUGGCCUGUCGCCAGACUGGGAACCAGAGACUGAAAGCCAUUCACCUCUUGCUCCGCCUCCUGCAGUGUCAAUCCCACAUAGCCUAUGAGCUGACCUUGCUUCGACCUCUGUGGCAACUCUUUUUGUCCAUGGAAAACAAUUUAAGCCAGGAUCCAACCAGCAUCACUGUGUUGCUACCUCUUCACAGAGCUCUCACUGAGCUCUUCUUCAUCGCAGAGGCCCGUGCCAUUGCACAUGGCAUCCUCCAGGAGUACUUGUUAGCGAUGACCACCGAUGAACACCUCCUAAAUCAUACAGCACUGGCUUUGAAGAACAUCGCUGCCAUUAGCCUGGCUAUCAAUUACCCCAAUAAGUCUACCAAGCUGCUGAGCGUGUCCCAGUGAGAGAUCCGGAGGGAGACAUAUGAGGGGAGCAGCCUAAGGGAGCGGACACACAUCUUGAUCAUGAAGGGAGAAGGGAGCGAAACCUCCCUGAGCAGCCAGUGCUCUUUUUCCACUGACAGCAAACACCCUGGCAGCUUUUUGCCGUACUCUGGAAUUGACCUGCUUGUGGCAGGCUCGACAAGCACUUUUUACACGUAUUCACGAUCCCCUUUGCCUUAGAUGAAGCCCAUAUGUCUUGCAUGUGCAUUCACAUGUAAAUACAAUGGGGUCUUUUUUACAACACACACACACAUUUUUUUGUUUGAUUUAACUGGAUGAUGCUGUGCUGAAAGGACUUGGUUUGCUAAAUUCCCAACUCUCAAGAAAGCAUGUCCCUCUUGCCUUAAAAAAAGUGUGCAUGUGUGUGUGUGCGUGAGUGUGUUAAAAAAGUGAAGGCAUAGUAGAGGUGAAAAAAAAUAGUUGAAAUCUUCUCUUGAGUCUUUCCUGUCUUUCUCUGUCCCCCAUCUUCACUAUAUUUUUUCCUUUCCAGAUACUUGUUAUAGAGAAACUAACAUAGGAUUUGGGGGGAGCUUUUUUCCGAGGUUUAAUCAGUGUCCCAAGAACACGCACCUCUCUGCCAGAUAAACCCGAUGCCUCGUCGUGGCAUCGAAUGGGGAUUCGGGACAAGGGAAGACUGAAAGCCUCUUGUGAUUGUGUUUCUCUCAUCACUUUAUUCAAGUGCAGUGUCCUCAAGGGACUCGCCUGUGAAUUGAUACAAACCAACUGUAAAGUCAUCUCAUGAGAAUGAAUAACAAAAAAAAAGGCCCUUGCAAUCUCUCUUAAAGGCCUUUAGUUUUAUCCACAGACUUUAUUUAUUGUUACUUUACGACGUGUACCUCGACGUUAGAUAGUCUCGAUGUCGUUUCAACGUCAGACUAAGUGGGGCCAUGAAUAACCGUAGACGAGUCGAGUGUGUAUUGCAGAGUAAACACUCUUAUACCAUUAAAAAGAAGGGACAGGCUUCAGGCGAUGAAACAUAAUUGGCUGUUCGUCUAAAAGUCUACAAAUGAACAAGUUAGAUGAUUGACUCUCUCAUUUUAUGAGGAUAUUUUCUGGAGGUAAUGUUGAAUCCCAUGAAGAGAAAGAAGAGAGUUGAUUAGCCGAAUGCAGACAAUUCCAUGCACUUUUUUUGUUUGUUUUUCCGCGCAAGUUGACGGUGGUUGUUUUUCAACUGUUACUGUGCUAUUCGUUUGAGAUAAAACGAGGUGGGGGGAGAAAAAAAAAAGAUCUUUUGUUGUAGAAAAUAAUGUUUGUUUAUGCCAAAGAAACCCACAGCCGUGAGAAUCUCCAAAUGGGCUCCUAGCUGAGUUCCCUUUAGAUUAUUACAUAUCACGAAAAUGAAAAGGUUGUGCAGAAGAAACAUUUAUAGAUGUGUGUGUUUGUGUUUUUUUAAAUGUUUUGGAUGAUAGUCCGAUGAAAUAAGUAGGAAAGCUCAGUGCUUUUGUUUACACCAACAUCAGCUUGAAUUAAAUGAGGACCGAAGUAGGUAAUUAGCCUCCUCCUGGCUUCCGAAACGCCUCACCAAUCUACAAUGUGCCUAAGAUUAACAAUGAAGCAAUCAUAACUUCACAAGUGGGGUUCAUUCAUUUGAUUUCAAAGAGUAAAUGUAAUAAUUUCUUUUGAACACUUUUUUUUUUGGUAACUUUUUACUUUUAACGUUGCAUUGUUUUUCUUGAGGAUGCCGGAUUCAAGGCAUUUGAAUGUACAUACUGUAUCUUGUGAAUAAUAAAUCGCACCAGAGAUCGAUAUCAAUCCCUUAUCAAUAUCAUAUUGGUCACAAGCAGAUGGACACGUCAGAUUUUGUAUGCAUGCCACAUUGAAGGCAAAAACUACUACUUGGGUUGAACCAUUUCUAAUAUAACAAAAAUAAAUCAAGAGAAAUGAGGUCAAUGUAA